UUAUUUUUGUUUAUUUUUCUUUUAUACCCUUCUCCUCCUCCUCCUCCUCCUCCUCCUCAUCAUCAUCAUGACAGUAGACGUAGAUGAUACUUUAAAGCGCAUUUCUGCAAAGAAAGGUGUUAAGGCAGUUGUUAUCAUCAAUAAUGAAGGACAAACGAUUCGAUCUACUUUGGACAGAGAACUAAGUAAACAAUAUGGUCAUCUCAUUGCUGGUCUUGUUCAACAGACACGUACUAUGGUGGCUACUUUGGAUGACCAAAAUGAGUUGACUUUCUUACGUAUCAGAACCAAGAAGCAUGAAGUGAUGGUGGCUCCAGAUCAAGACUAUUUGUUAGUAGUCAUUCAAAAUCCAGCAGAAGUAAUGCAACAAUAAAGUGAUGUUAAGCAACAG